UCAGUUUCCGAGAAGAGACCCGGAGGCCGCGCUCCUCUGCUCCUCUCCGCGGAGGAAGGGGCGGUCUCUGCGCCACGCCACGACCAGAAUUAGCCCGCGCGUGCUCGCUCGGCUCGGUUCGGUUCCUCCUGCCGACACGGAAACGGGACGAGCGGCUGGAACCCGUUCGGAGGAGAAGGAGAGAGGAGUUCCAGGGUCAACGUUAGGAGGGAGGAUCAAAGCGGAGCCGACAAGAGGAGGAGAAGAUGCCUCUGGCUCAGCUGGCCGAUCCCUGGCGGAAGAUGCCGGUGGGGGGAGCGGCUGGAGAGGUGUCACAUCAUGAACUCGGGGACUCGGUGGGCGAGGACGACACCAUGUCUUCCUGCACCGACGACGUUCACUUCAGAGAGAUCAACAUCACCAACCAUGUGAAGGAGGGGUCGGAGAAGGGCGAUCCGGGGCAGUUCGAGCUCCGCAAAGUCCUGGGUCAGGGCUCCUUCGGGAAGGUGUUCCUGGUGAAGAAGAUCACAGGACCAGAUGCUGGUCAGCUCUAUGCCAUGAAGGUCCUGAAGAAAGCCACACUGAAAGUUCGGGACCGGGUCAGAACAAAGAUGGAGAGAGACAUCCUGGUGGAGGUCAACCAUCCCUUCAUUGUCAAGCUGCACUACGCCUUUCAGACGGAGGGGAAGGUCUACCUGAUCCUGGAUUUCCUCAGAGGAGGAGAUCUCUUCACUCGGCUCUCCAAGGAGGUGAUGUUCACAGAAGAAGAUGUGAAGUUCUACCUGGCCGAGCUCGCUCUGGCUCUGGACCACCUCCACAGCUUCGGCAUCAUUUACCGAGACCUGAAGCCCGAAAAGUACACACACACACACACACACACACACACACACACACACUCAUGGAUCUUCUGUUGUUGCAGCAUCCUGCUCGAUGAGACCGGACACAUCAAGCUGACCGACUUCGGCCUGAGUAAGGAGUCCGUCGACCACGAGAGCAAGGCCUACUCCUUCUGUGGGACGGUGGAGUACAUGGCUCCAGAGGUGGUGAACAGGCGGGGCCACACGCAGAGCGCCGACUGGUGGUCGUACGGCGUGCUCAUGUUUGAGAUGCUGACAGGAUCGCUCCCAUUUCAGGGCAAAGACCGGAAAGACACGAUGACAAUGAUCCUGAAAGCCAAGUUGGGAAUGCCACAGUUCCUCAGCUCGGAGGCUCAGUCUCUCAUCAGGAGCCUUUUCAAACGCAACCCAGCCAACCGACUCGGAGCCGGACCAGAUGGAGUUCAGGAGAUCAAAAGGCACUGUUUCUUCAGCACCAUCGACUGGAACAAACUUUUCCGCCGAGAGCUUCAUCCUCCUUUCCAGCCGGCUGCAGGACGACCUGACGACACCUUCUACUUUGAUCCAGAGUUCACAGCUAAAACCCCCCGAGACUCACCAGGAGUUCCUCCGAGUGCCAACGCCCACCAGCUGUUCAGAGGAUUCAGCUUUGUGGCCAUAACGGAGGAGGAGACACAACCUGUACCCAAUAGCAUCGUACAGCAGCUACACAGAAGCACGUCUCAGUUUUCAGACACCUAUGACCUCAAAGAGGACAUCGGCGUCGGGUCCUACUCCCUCUGCAAGCGCUGUGAGCACAGAGGGACGGGCAUGGAAUACGCCGUCAAGAUCAUCAACAAGACCAAGAGGGACCCGACGGAGGAGGUGGAGAUCCUGCUGAGAUACGGACAGCAUCCUAACAUCAUCACCCUGAAGGACGUGUACGACGACGGCCGCUCGGUGUUCCUGGUGACGGAGCUGAUGAAAGGAGGCGAGCUGCUGGAUAAGAUCCUCAGACAGAAGUUUUUCUCAGAGCGGGAGGCCAGCGCCGUGCUCUUCACCAUCACCAAGACUGUGGAGUAUCUGCACAAGAACGGGGUGGUGCAUCGUGACCUGAAGCCCAGUAACAUCCUGUAUGUAGACGAGAGUGGGAACGCUGAGUCCAUCCGGAUCUGUGACUUCGGCUUUGCCAAGCAGCUGAGAGCCGACAACGGCCUGCUGAUGACGCCGUGUUACACCGCCAACUUUGUGGCUCCAGAGGUUCUAAAGAAGCAGGGAUACGACACGGCGUGCGACAUCUGGAGUCUGGGAGUUCUGCUCUACACCAUGCUAACGGGUUUCACUCCGUUUGCCAACGGUCCCGAGGACACUCCGGAGGAGAUUCUGGCUCGGAUCGGCAGCGGGAAGUUCAGCCUGUCUGGUGGAUAUUGGACAUCUGUUUCUGCCGAAGCUAAGGAUCUGGUCUCCAAGAUGCUCCAUGUGGAUCCUCAUCAGAGGCUGACGGCUACUCAGGUCCUCAGACACCCCUGGGUCACCCGCCGGGACCAGCUGCCCAAGUUCACCCUGAACCGACAGGACGCCCCGCAGAAGGUCAAGGGGGCGAUGGCGGCCACCUACUCGGCCCUGAACAGGAACAUCUCCCCGGUUCUGGAGCCGGUCGGCCGAUCCACUCUGGCCCAGCGGAGGGGGGUGAAGAAGAUCACCUCCACCGCUCUGUGACCUCCUCCUCUUCCUCCUUCUUUUAACCUCAAUCUGACCCCCCCACCCUGCUUUGGUCUGGUCGGGUGGAACAGACUACUGAUGGAUCUGGGAGCUGCUAACGCCAAAUAGGAGCACCCCUGCCCUUCUGGCCCCGCCCUGCCCCUUAACGAGCUCUUCCGAUUGGACCUCUUGUGUCUUACUGUUGAUUCUCAGCUUUAGCGUCGCUGAUCGGCUGUUGGACCGCAACAAAACCUGUUGACUCAUUUCUGCUUUGGACAAUCAGCACUGCCUCGCCGACCUGGAGAGGGAACGCAUCGGGAAGAUUUAAGUAUUUAUGAACCUCAGACAGGAAGUCACAGGAACAAGGAGACCUGAGGGAUGAAUUUAAAGAGCCAGGAUCGUCGUUUUCACGGUUCUGCGUAGCUGAAAAUCUAAACCUCAAGUCGCCUGUGAGACGACAGCGUUGACCAGAAACACCUCAAGGCAGAAAUCCCAGAGGAGCGGCAUCGGCCUCCACGGGUUUGGUGUCCAGAGGGAAGGAAAGCCUCUCAGGAGUUUAGGCUUCGAGCCGUUGAAUGUUUUUAUCAGUCAGGAGCUACAGAACAAACGGUCUGUCGCCCAAGUAUUUACUUUCAAAUUCAUUUAGACAUAAAAUCUGAAAAUAUUAGUUCGGUCUUUAUUAUAGUGUAAUUGCUGCCCCCUAGUGACCACAGCAGUGAUCACAGCUAAAGCAGAAAAGUUUGGUUUUAAAAUGUUUCGUUUUAGGAGAAUUUAAACUUUACUUUUUAUAUUUUAAUUAUGAAUAAUUAACUUUUUAAUCUGAUAAGAAAAUCUAAAUCAGUGCUCAGCCUGUUCCUGGAAACCUUUACAACUAUUUUAUCUACAUAUUGUCUUCGCAGUGUGAAUUUAGUAGUUUUUGUCAUAAAUUAUCCUAAAAUUACUCACUUUUGAUGCUAAAAUUACCAAAAAUGUUAUUAUAACAAACUAAAAUCAGAAAACUUUUGUUUACUAAAAAAAAUUCCUUAUUUUGUGGAGAUGCAAAAAAAAAUCAGCUGUAGUUUGGAACAUGAUCGAUUCAGUCCGUGGUGGACUAAUCUGAAAUGAUGAAAAAAACCAUAAUUAUAUAUAAAACAUGAAUAAAUUGGUCGAUCAAAUCGGUUUAGGAAUCAGAAAUCGGUAUCGGCCCUCCAAACCAGCAUCGGUGCUGCUUUAGCUGAACAGGAAUCAGCCGGAGCAUCACUGAUUUAAAUGACCUUUAACCUUCUGAUGUUACUGUUAGUAACUGAGGAUCAGCUCCAGGAUGGACUUCCUAUUGGACGUUCUGAUGUUCUAAGUGCUCCAAGAGCUUCCUGCUUCCCCUGAACUCAGAUUUCAGCUCCUGGUGUUUCUGGACGAGCCGCCGAUCGCCUCCUAACUAACGUGCAGCAGAACUGAAACACGAACACGUUGGACAUCUCAGGUUUCUACCAAUCAGGACGAUGCAUUUUUCUACGUCAGGGAGGAGACAUGUGAAAACGGGACGUGACGAGGCGUUCAUCUGAGGACUUCCUUCCAAAACGCCCUGAGUCGUUUUUAUUUUCUUUGUUUAAAGUCUUAAAAACCUGUUUUUGUUUCCGCGAGGAUCCAUGUGCAGGCCUGACGCUAGCAAACCCUUUAAACGCCUCAGAAAAAACACAUAAAUCUCACUUCAGCUCCUGGAAAUCAUCCAGAAGCUCACGAAGGUCCAGGAGCUCCAGGAACUCCUGCAGAAGCACAACUGGAUUAAGAUUAGGGCGGAUUAUUAAUCAUCACGUAUACGAUAUUAAUGCAACAGCAGAGGAAAACAAACUUCAGCUUUAAAACAGAAGAUCUUUGUGUUCAGGAACCUUUUCUAGAUCCAGAAGUUCUUCAGCGUUUCUGGUUAAUCCUAAUCCAGCUGCAUCCCCUCUGACAUCUGCAUGUUUGAGCUUCUGCUGCAGACAAAGUUUAUUAUUAUUAUAAGUGAUGAAAGUCAUGAACUGUAAUAAUCAGAUCGGGCAUCAGAUUUUAGGUCUGAAGACAAAAGUCUCGUUUUUAAAUAGGAAACUUUUCAUUUUAUUCAGAUUUCUUAGAAUGUUUAAAAUUUCUGAAGUUAUGAAAAAAGUUUAAAGGAGAAAAAUGUAAAAGUUCAUCUUUAUUUUAAUAUUUUUAUAAUCCAACUUUUUUCUCAGUUUGACCCAUUUUCAGUUUUUUUAUAAAAUAAUUUCAGACAUUUUUCUUGUUUAAGAUCUUUGCUGUCGGUCAGAAGUUUGACAGAAAUGAGUCGUUAUCCUGGUGAAAGGCCUCAGAUGGUUUAUUUUUGUUGUUAAUCUAUAAAAUUCUUCCUCUUUCUGCUCGUCUGAAUGUCAAAAAGGGAAAAGACGGAUUGUCUUUAUGUUUUUUUAUCAUUCUGGAAUAUGUGUGGAUGUUUUCUGGGCUGCUGUCGGUGUACGGCUCUGGGACAAAGACUGCGAUGGUGAACACAUGACUAGUUCUUCCUGUCUGGUUGCAGCCUCGCUGCUGCACCGGCGCUUUGUUUCACACCUGCAGAGUUCCACUUUCUAUUCAAAACAAUAAAACACAACAAACAAA